AUGGUCAAGUCGAGAAAGAACCUACGACGCCUAUCGACAGAGUCUUACGUCAACUCAAGCAACCCACUGGCUACCAAGUGGAUAUGGUACUGGCAACACCAAAGUGGAUUCUGGAGGAUGUACGAUAAAGACGACACGGUGAUUAAAAGGGGGGGAUAUAUUUUCUUUGGGGUUUGGAUAAUAACACCUCUUGUAACGGUAAGAAAUAGGUAACGCACAAUCAAAUCCAUACCCGUACCCACACUAUGGUAGAAGGGAGGCAAUGGGAGUGGUGGCCUGGGAUACCCAUUUGGCGGUUUUUAGCUCUUUGCUGUGUUAUAAUAUAAUAAAUAAUUAUAUUCUGCAAAUGUCAAACAUUUAAUAGAUAGCCUGCAGAGUUUAAUGCUGACGGUCCUGUUAAAUAUCCAUUCACAGGGAAAAGAUCUCCAAGAAUCUCUGGAGAAAGCCUUCUGGAACAAGCAAAAAGACUUCAGGUUUCGGAUUAGAAACCAUGAUUACAUUCUAACCUUUGACUCAUCAAGUAGCAUGAGCCAGACAAACAUAAAUUACGGCGCGAGAAAAACAGUAAGAAGAAGGCCUGGAAAAUUUUUUUCUAAGGAUGACAUUUCUCAGCUCAAAAGGUACUUUGUGUUCUAAAAUUUACCCGGAAGAGGUACUCGGGGUAAAUAAGGGGAGGCUCCGUCCAGAGGUCCAACCCCCUACCAUUUUGAAUACAAUUUUUGACAGAAGAUUAACCCGUUUCGUGUACCUUGCUUUGACAAACGGUACUCCUUUUACAUAACCUAGUGUAGAAAGCGGCAUCCCCUUUUAACCGCUGUGAAUGCACCGUCCUUUUAACAUGACCAGGAAGGUUUCUUGUCUCUUUCGCAUCCGUUUGUUAGCCCUUUUUGACCUUUUUACAGACCGAAAUGACAGAUUCCCUACUCUUUCAUGUACUUCAGUUAGUUAAAUCCCUAACCUUUCAAAUACCUCAUGCCUAAAAUAGGUACCCCUUUCGCGUGGACUCUCCCCGAAUAAGGCACACUUUUAGUAAAAUCCAACUAGUGUUCUAUUAUCAAAGCUGCGAUCUGAUUGGUUGAGCUACUACUAGGCUAUACGUUACAGCCCACUAGUAGCGAAAAGCGCCGGCUUUGAAAACCAAAACAAUAACCGUUGAAUCGUGUUUUGCUAGCUAAGGUUGUUUGUCGUGAUAUUUUUGACCAACUAGUUGAUUUUACUAAAACAAUUAUUCCUAUUUUUUUACUAAAACAAUUGUUCGAGUCAAUAGCCCAUUCGACCUUCGGCCUCAUGGGCUAUUGGCUCGGAGCCCAUUCGGGCUCGAAGAAUAAUUGUUAAAUAGAGAGCACUGCCUCUGAGGAAGUAAUUUUUUAAAAUUUACAAGUGCUAGCCCUGGACUCCGUUAUUAUAUAAAGUUAUAAUCUGGUCAUGGACCAUAGGGACUGAGAUAAAUGUAAUGGUGCACCUUGAUGUACCUUUUUUCACUAGGUCUCAGAAAGCAUUCUCAGCUCACAAUCAGCAAGAGGGAAACACAAAAGGCACUGAUAAGCCAAGCAAUUGGUCUCAAAUGCCAUCCACGACGCCAUAUCAGCGUGUUCGGUUAUCACCGAUUACUGACGAAUUUAAAGAUUAUCUUUUUGAAAAGUUUUUGAGCAAAUACACCUCGCACCUUUAGGAACGGUAGCUUGCCCACGUUUUGGGAAUACUCACCCUUUUCAUGGUUUCCAUCAGUUUAUGAAAAUAUCAGUAAGGUGUCCUAUCACGGUAUUUUAAAAAAGCUUAAGGUGUUUAUUUCCAACCCUUUUUCGCCCUGUUUACUUGAGUUGCUUGUGGCGACUCACACUCCUCGCUCUUGCUCAUUGCAGCCAAUAAGGUAGCCUCGUCUCCAGAUCUAGAUCUCUCAUCCCGUUCUCUAGGACGAUUGACAAGUACCCUGAGUACCAGGUGAUUUUUCCUCACGUGUGGCAGGAUCUUUCGGUGUCGGCCGCAGGCCGAACCCAUCCCGCGAAGCUGCAGCCUGUAGGACACGGAUGUGUGAUCUUCUUUAGCUCAGUGUCGUAGAUUUACAACCGUAGAGGUUUCCGACUUUCUAACACAGUUUUUAUCAGCAAACUGACCGUCUUCAAAGUUGUCACGUGAUUAAGGUGUCGAUAGUGACGUGACAAGUGAUUAGAAAAGCGCGGGUAGUUUACACCCUUCAUCUAUUAUGUUUAUAGCUUUUUUUAGUUGUUUUUAA